AUAAAACGAGUAAAGCUUUUAGGUUGCCAAACUUUUACCGAACUCCUCCAUGAACUCUCUUGUCAAGUUACAAUUUGGAAGGUGAUAUGCUUGUCACAGCAGCUCAGUAAGACAGGUUGUUGAGCAAACUGUAAACUAAAGUCAUAUUUUGUGUUGGGAUGAUCCAAAAGUACUAUGGAUGCACAAUCUGAAGCAGCCUGUCAACGGACUGAUGUCCCUACCACAUUGCAACAAUCUGAAGCAGCCUGCCAACGGACUGAUGUCCCUACCACAUUGCAACAAUCUGAAGCAGCCAGCCAACAGACUGAUGUCACUACCACGAUGCAACAGUCUGAAGCAGCCAGCCAACAGACUGAUGCCCCUGCCACGAUGCAACAGUCUGAAGCAGCCAGCCAACAGACUGAUGCCCCUGCCACGAUGCAACAAUCUGAAGCAGCCAGCCAACAGUCUGAUGGUCCAACCACGAUGCAACAGGAGGCACAGGUACAUGCAUCUGUCCCCUCAACUGCGAUAGAUUCCCCACGACCAACUGGAACCAUUGGAAACACUGGCACAGUCGCGGGUAACCACAACCCUAUCAUUGUCGGUUCGAGUAGAGUUCAAUUCAAUUACAACUUCCCGUUGGAGGGACCAGGAGUGCCUGCACCCAGACUUCAGCAAAGUCAGAGACCAGACCAAGAACCAAGGUUGAGGGCUCCUAGCUACCAAGAUGUCGGUAACAAGACCAGGGCCAUUUUAAUGAAAUGGUACAAGAAAACACAUAGUUAUGUUCAGUUAAACCCUGGGGUUCCUGACGAUCAAAGACCCAUUGUUGGCAUUUACACUAAAGUGCAGAUUAGAACAAAGAAAGGUACUGUAGAAGAGCAAUUCACAGACGAAAUUGCAUAUUCAACAGAGUAUGAGAAGAUAUUUAAAUGUUUGAAUGAUUUCGAUCGUCUCAUUUUGUUUGGCAAGGGCGGUGUCGGGAAGUCUACAAUUUUUGAUAUGAUUGCAUACGACUGGGCAGAUGAGUCAAACGAAAUCCUGAACAGAUUCAAGCUUGUCUUUCUUUUAAAGAUGUGUGCCCUAGUACAAGAAUCCGAUCUUGUCGAUUCCACUUUUGAUCAACUUCUAGGCGAAGAUUCAGGAAUAGCAAAAGAUGAACUUGAUAUAUUCAUCCUGGCCAACCCAAGUGAGGUCUUGAUUCUUUUGGAUGGUUUUGAUGAAAUGAAGACCAAAUCACUUGAUGCAGCCUCAUUCGGUUCUGUCCUGAAUGCACUGAACAGAACAAGAUACAGGGAUUGUGUGAUAUUUGUCUCUACCCGCCCCUCGCAUUUUGAGACACUGAUGUCAAAAACACUUGUCCAAAAUCCUUGCACACAUGUGGAAGUUCUGGGGUUUAAUGAAGAGGAUGUCAAAACAUACGUUCUAAAAUUCUAUGACAAAGAUCCUGAUAGUGGCAAUGAACUAAUCCAAACCAUUGGGAAGUCUACCACGCUGCGUGAUUUUGCUACGAACCCCAUGUUGUUGCUACUCAUGUGCUUACUAUGGGGGGAGAAGAAACAACUCCCAGAAACAACAUCACGCCUCUUCACUAAGGCAGUAAAUUACAUGUUCACAAGAAAAGACGAAGACACAAAAACACCAGAAAAGAGAAAGGCAAACGUAUCUGGAACAGUGAUUGCCAUAGGACAAACUGCGCUGCGUGGACUCAUGAGUGCCAACCAGCAAUUCUCGUUUCAAGAAGAUGAGUUUGAACCAAAGGCGCUGGACCUGGCACUAAAAGCAGGCAUCCUAAACCAGCAGAGAGUUAUCAAACACCGUGAAUCCCACAACAACAUACAAUUCAUGCACAAGACAGUGCAGGAAUUCUGUGCGGCGAAAUACUUGCAGAGUGUACAUAUGUCGAACCCGGGAUUUGGAAAGCGAAUGGUGUACAAAGUUGUGGCCUUCGGAAAAUUUCAAAAUUAUUUAAGGCAACUUUGUCGAACAAUGGAAGGAGUCUAUGCAAGCGAGUUCCUUUUGAGUUUUUGUAGUGGUGAUAAUGAGAAGUGCAUGACUGACAUCGUAAAGUUGCUUGACCGUAAGUUCAGUAAGGAUCCACAUCGACCCAGGUACCAAUCAAAUGUUAUACGUGUGAUUAGUCAAAACUGCUUUUUUGAAAGCCAGUCAGUAAAUGUCCCGCGGUGUCUCACCAGCGACUCAAAUAUCCCAUCAGAUAUCUAUGUGCGUGGCAAUAAUGAUUUACACAGUCUCAUAUACCUGCUUGAAAUCUUCUGUAGGUCAGACAGCCACACGGCAAAACUGGCACGCAUCGAAACUAUUACAUUGUGUAACGUGUUUUUAGUCAGUGAUAUAGCUUUCAGCCUGUGUUACAUGAAAAACCUUAGUAAGCUGAUGCUUCGGGAAUGUCCUUUAGUGAAGGGAGAUCUUGAGAAGACCCUGUCAUCCCUACGUAACCAACACUUAACCAGUCUUAGCAUAAAGGAUUGUACAUGUAGUGCAUUGGGACAUACAUUUAGAGUUGUAGAAUGGGCCCCUCAUAUGAAACACUUAACAAGCCUCGACACACUUCAAAUAAGUAACUGCGACCUCCAGGGAACAGACAUGCUCAUUGUCUUGGCUGAAGGUAACGUGCCGAAACUUACUGACUUGGUACUUACCUACAGCAUGGCAUUGAGCGGAACGGCUGAGUUGUGGGCCAAGGAAUUGCCGACAAUGACACUCCUAAGUAGGCUGGAGCUGAGUUGGUGCAAUUUGACAGCGACGGACUUUGAACAUAUUGUCGCAGAAGUAUGUGACAUGCCCAGACUGACUGCCUUGAUCCUUACUGGCAACUUUGCAUUGAGCGCAACGGCCGAGUUGUGGGGCAAGCAUUUGCCGAAAAUGGCGCACUUAAAUCAGCUGAGCCUGCGUUCUUGCUGUUUGGCACCGACAGAUAUUAACCACAUUGCCUCAGCUGUAGGUGACAUGCCCAGACUGACUAGUUUGAACCUUUCUCACAAUGGCAUGACGUUGUAUACACGUAUAUCCGUUAAGUUGUGGGCCAUGGAUUUGCCAAAAAUGACGCACUUAAAUAGGCUGGACCUCAGUCAGUGCUAUUUGACACCAACAGACACUGAACACAUUCUCACAGCUGUAGGUGACAUGCCCAGACUGACUGAAUUGAACCUUGAGGGUAACAAUGUAGUGGGCAGAUCAGCUAUGUUGUUGGCCGAGAGAUUGCCGAGACUUAACUUGAGGAUUUAGAUUGCUUGACCUGAAUCAUGUUCGUUGGCUGUCCUGUUUAGGUGAUGUCAAAACUGACUGACUGACUUCAUGGGCGUCGCCAGGAUUUUUCUAGAGGGGGCAAAGCCCAUUUUUCCCCCAAAAAGCAUUUUCCUGAUUGAUCAUUUUUUCAAGGGUGGGAGGGACAUUGGGAGGGUGCCUCCCCCCCUCCUCGCCUCCCCCCCUCCUCACCUCCCCCCUCCUCGCGAUGCCCAUGACUGACUUGCACCUUGCUAAUAAUCGAUCAUUGGGUGGACUAGAUGUGUUUAAUUGUUCUGAUUCCCCUCGGGUAUCGUAACAACUCACUAGAGUACAGUCGACCCUCAUAACAAAAUCGCCUUCAAAGCCUUAAAAAGAAACCAAUUUCAGUUUCAAAUUUAAAGAAUAUUUUGAGUCAUUUGAAGCAAGAUAUGCGACGCAGGGGACCCUACGUCGUUUUGUAGAUCAUUGCGUUGCUGGAAUCUCUGGAAUUCUUUUGAGAUUCGUAUGCAUGUUCAGUAACAAUUAACUGUCUGUACAUGGACACUUUUGAGGGGGCGGGGCUCCCUUCUGUCAUGAAUAACCGAUUCUGCAUCUGCCAACUUUUUAAAUUUGCAAAUGAGAUUAUAAUUUGUUUCUAUGAAUGGACAGGGUGGGUGUUUUUUGACUAAUCGCACGAUUUACUCAUUCGUUUGCACGAUUCACUCAUUGUUUCGCACGAUUCAGUCAUUCGUUUCCACGAUUCACUUGUUCGUUCGCAAGAUUUACUCAUUCCUUUGCAGGAUUUACUCGUUCUUUUGCAUGAUUUACUCAUUCCUUCGCACGAUAUACCCGUUCGUUCAAACGAUCUACUCAUUCUUUCGCACAAUUUAUUCAUUGGUUCCCACGAUUUACUCAUUGGUUUGCAUAAUUUACUCAUUCCUAAACACAGUUUACACGUUCGUUUGCUGAGAUUACUCCUUUGUUCGCGCGAUUUACUCAUUCCUUUGCACGAUUGACUCAUUCGUUUGCAUGAUUCAGCUAUGAAUUAGUAAAUCAUGGGGACGGUUACGUAAAUUGUGCAAACUAAAAUAGCUGAAAAACAAAUUUACAGCCUUUCCCUUCCCCGGGCUCCGUACAUUUCAAAGCUGAACGUGUGUGCAUAAAAAAAAAAAUCCCUGAUUUAAAAAAAUGCAGGCUGAGAAAAAAAUUUACGAAACCCAAAUGUCAGGACCUUUUUUGUUGUGAAGUUCUGCAUGUAGGAUGUAUGAAAUCCCAAUUACUAAACGUUCUUAUAGUUCAAGAAUCAUUUAAAUCACUCAUGUAUUUUUCAAGUUAAGGAAUGUUUAACACAAAUACCAUUUUAAGUUCUGUCCGUAGAUUGCCAAAAAAAGGUAUGUGUUCCUUACAAA